AGUAACCAACUUCACAGAGCUGUUUCAGUUUCGAGAUUUAGUGUAAUUGAAUUACAUUGUUGCUAAGUAUUAAUAAUGAACAAAGAUCUUAAAUUCCGCACAGUGUUAACAGAUCUUGGUGACAUGUUGGCACCAUCCGAAUUAGAAAAAAUGAAAUAUUAUUGUAAAAAUCAUCUCAAAGCUAUUGAUAGAGAUAAAAUUGACACAGCGAUAAUGCUGUGGUCAAAACUAGAAGAGAGGAAAUUGAUAGGACCAGAUAAUUUAGGCUUUCUGAAACAAAUGUUAAAGACAUGCACAUCAGGAAGACAAGAUGUUCUUGACGUUUUAAUGAAAUAUGCACCUGGUGAAGAUGUAGAAAUGAUAGAUGCCAGACCAGAAAACGUUCAACAGAGAAGAGAAUAUCGGGGUCCAGAUCUGACAAGAGAGGUGAAGUUUCUCACGAAUCACUUGGCGAAAGACUGGCGGUUUUUCGUUCGAUCUCUUGGUGUUCAAGAAGAUGACAUCGAUAUGGUUGUUGAGAACUAUCCACGCAAUGUGCGGGAACAGAUUAAUCAGGCAAUCUGGAUCUGGCUGUACAAAGAACAAGAGAAUGCCAGAAAGCAACACUUCACGAAUGCUCUACUGGAUGUACGUAGGAGAGAUCUCGCUCACAAGUUAAAUACUAAUGAUUAUUAAAUGUAGAUCAUGCAGUUUUCACCAAUCUUUAUGACUAUGGACAGGAGAUCAUUUAAGUAGUAUUUUAAACAUAUUAUUUUCAUGCAUAUACACACUUCAUCAAUCUAAGCUGUCUGUUGGUGGAUAAUGAGAGACACUGAGCCAUUAAAACAUGAUCUGGGUUUGAGAUACCAGACAUUGUUAUUGGGCUUCUUAGAUGUUUGAAUUUAGGGUUCAUACAGAUGAUGGAAAUGCUUGAAAAUCAUGGAAUUGAGACCUCACAGGGAAAACAAUUGAGUGAUUAAUUGCUCCCCUAAUUUAUGGGGUGCUAUUUAUGAUAUUACCAUUUUUUCAUGUUUAUUAAUGAGAAGAAAAAACCCCCCACCCCACAUGGAAUUGUAGACCAAAUUUAAUUUACUAGUGUAGUAAUGUUUGUAAAAUAACUACAACUGUUUUGAACUGAAUUUGUUUUGGGUUUUUAACAAUUGUUUACAUUAGCGGAUAAAAUGUACAUUACAGAAAGAUUCGUUACCAUAAAAUAUGAAUUUUUGUUUUAAGGACCAAAAUCUAUUUUUUGUAGCAAACCAUGAGUUACCAACCCUUUCACUAUUGAUAGAAAUAUGUGACUAUAAGGAAAGAAGAACUUUUAUGCACAUUUUUAAUAAAACUCCAGUGAAAUACAUUUUGGGCAUGACUUGUUUAUUAUGUGAACGAAUGUGCUUCUAAAGUUGGUAAUGAAUCUUUCAUAUUUAAAAAAGUUGUAUAAGAUAAAUCUGAGAUUUCAAUAUAAAAUGUUCAAAGUAUAUUUAUACAGAGAAUUUUAUUUGAUUUUUUUAAAUAUAUCACAAUUGCAUUUGUAUUCACUUGUUUAAAACAGACGUCAUGAUGAAGAAUGCUUUUUUAAGUUUAGUGGUUAAUAAGUUCUUUUUAAAAAGUAAGUUGUUGUUUUUAGUGAGGUGUAAAAGUGCAAAUCAUGAGGUUGAAACUCCAGUUACAAAAACAUUUUACAUUCCAUUUUUUCAACAUAGCAGUCUUGAGCACCAUUCGACAGUUACUUAAUGCAAAAAGUUACAUUUUUAUACACCCUCCUCGAUGUAACCUCCAGUCAAGGUGAGUAGAACGGAUUAUAUUGCAACCAAAUGGAGAACAACUGAAAACACACUGCUAUAAUUGGAAGAUGUUUGUUUACAUUACCCCAGAGUUUCAAUUAUCAUUGGAAAUUGUUCAUACAUUGUUUCAUGUUUUAAUCAACAUUAUAUGGUCAAAUAUGUAGAUAUUAUUUUUGAAUUGUAUUUUUAGCAGUUUGUUAAAGUGACUGGUUCGUAGAAAUAUUUUAAAGGAAACAUUGGUAACUUUAAUAUUUCUUUCAGUCAUCUGUUUAUAAUAGCACUAAUUAACCUUUUUAAUAAAUGCACAGAAUAAUGGAUGCAUUGUGCCACUAAUAUAUGUUAAUUAGGUCUUCAAUAUAAAUCGACAGAAAAAGAACUGGCAAAGCUGUGCGUUUAAACAAGUUGUACAUGUGUGUAGUGAACCUUUCGGAUGUCAUUUUAAAUACCCUAAAAUAUA